AUGACACCUCUAAUCUUAAUCCUUAUACAUUGCCUAGUUGCGGUUGAUGGAGCUGCAUAUCCCGCCCCAACCCCAGCAGCGCGUCUUGAAGAGAGGCAGGUCUUUGGCAUUUCAACUGUCUGGAGUCCCACUGUUGUAGGCACAACAGUUUCGUCUCUUGGCCUCACAGGCUUCGCUUGCUUUGGGGUAACAGACCAUAAUCCCAUGACCUUCUUCCAGGUGUCACCGACCAUCGUGCCGAGUUCGACUACUAUUAGUGUUACCACUGGUACCCCGAAUCCUACCUCCAGUAGCCUCAGUCCUAUUACCACCACCGGUUCCCAGAGUCAAACCUCAACUCCGCCGCCAACGCCUCCGAAGCCACCCGUCGGCGCUAUAGUUGGCGGCGUAGUCGGCGGCCUCGCUGUGCUCGUCAUCGGCCUCGCCGCUGUCUUGCUAUUCCUCCACCGACGCAGCCAUCCUGCGCCUACGAACGUCAGCACUGCCGAGGUAGUUCAGCAGCAACACCCACCACAAGAACCGUCUCCUGCCGUACCCUAUAACCCGAAGCAUGCGUCGUACUCAAGCGGCUCUCCAACUACAUCAAACUUCCCGCUGCCCAUGCAUCAGAGUACCCCAGGUCAGAACGAGGUGUCCUAUCCGCCGCCGAGUGAGUCGCCGACCUUUUCGAACCCAGUUGAGCUGUCGACCUAUACACCAGUGAUGCACGGCGUUGGGGACGGGAACACCCACCAGGUUCAGAGAUAG